CUGUGUGGGGAGGUCGACACGCUGUCUCAAUCCCGGAGAAAUUUGGAGCAAAAAUGCGCGGAGGACGAAGAGAAGAAGGCUCAACUUGAGAGUCGGGUUGCGGAGCUGUCCUCCCGGGUGGGGGACCUGCAGAAGAAACUCCAGGUGGCCCGGCAGCAGGCAAACAAGUCAGCGACGGAACUUGAGGAGCGCGAGACCCGAGAAGAGGCCCUGCGUGGCGAGUUGGGCAGGGCAGAGAGAGAGAAUUCCCAGAUGAAGCAGCAGUUUGAUUCGGCCGUGUCGCUUAUGGAAUCCAAGGCAGCAGAACAAUCACAGCUCCUGCGACGAUCAAAGGAAGAGGCAGAGUCGAAAGACGCCGAGAAUUCACGGCUGAAGCAACAGGCGGCGUCAAACGCCAAGACUAUCGGCGAUCUGAGAGAGCGGGCGACGAAAUCCGAGGCAGACUGCAAGAUUUCGAGCGAGCGGUGCCGGCUGUUGGAGCGAGACGGGGGACAGCUGAGGGGGAGGGUUGGUGAGCUGGAGAUGGCUCUGAACCAGUGGGAGGCUGAGGUCGGUGACGCGAGGGCAGAGAAGGAGACUCUGAUCUGGCUGGAGUCAAGGAUGAAGGAGUCUAGCAGAGAGUUGGUGGCCAGUGAGGUGGCCAGAGAACAGCUGAGCUCCGAACUGGAGAGCCUCAGGCUCCAGCUACGGGAAGGGGGGCAGUGGCAGACCGAUAGACAGGCACUGAUGGAGGUCCAGAGUCGUGUGGAGCAGGAGAAGGCGGAGGUGGAGGCUGGCUACACUCAGGCUCAGUCCACCAUCCAGCAGCUGCAGACAGACGUGACGGAGCUCCAGGGACAGUUGCAGAACACACAGCUGGAGUUGCAGCAGUGGCAGACAGGCACGUCCUAAUGUAAUGUAUAUCUUAUGUAUACAUGUUCCACUUUUGCCUGUGCAUGUGUAUUAUACAUUUGUGUCAGCAAAAAGGUGGCAAGGCAAAGCUAUAACACAACCACACCCACCAG